GUACAUGACAGCGCCAUCUAAUGCCUCGGAGGAGCGGCAAAGCGAAGCAGAGCAUGUAUUUCCGGUGACGUAGCGGAAGUAGGAAGUCUACUUGAGAGCAUCUGGAAGGUAUUUAACUGAAUUGUAGCCCGCUAUGGACGUUUUGAGGCCAGCGCUCAUUAACAUCAAUGGGAGGAUUUACCGAAAAAAUGCUGUUAAAGAAGAACAUCAUGAAGAUGAAGAGGAGGAAGCUUUCUCAUACUCUGGACCAGUCAGUGACCAGUGCAUGGAUGAAUCCUGUGACACGAGUAACAUUGAGCAGACAGACAAGGGCUUUCGCUGUGCCAUAGACGUCCCGAGUGUUCUUUACAAGUACAUCAUUGGAAAGAAAGGCGAGACACGGAGACGACUGGAAGCAGAGACUAAAACUACGAUCAGCAUUCCCAAGCAAGGAGUAGAGGCACCGAUAGUGAUCACAGGCUCUCAUAAGGCAGCAGUAGCGUCAGCUGUAACACGUGUCGAGGUUUUGAUCGAGAGCUUCCGCAGGAAACAGCCAUUCACUCACUUCCUGUCCUUCGCUCUGAACCACCCACAGAUUCAGGAAGGGUUUAAACGCUUUAAAGAGGAAGUUUUGGAUCACUGCUCUCAGGAUAUGGGAGUGGAUGUGAGCAUCUUUCAAAAUCAAGUGAAGCUGCACCUCACCAUAGGAACCCUUGCCCUCCUAAAUGAACAGGAAGUGAUGCGGGCGUCUGAGCUUCUCACACAAUGUCAAAGUUUCAUCAGGGACAUAACAGAAGGAAAGCCUUUACCUCUGGAGGUAAAAGGAAUAGAGUACAUGAAUGAUGAUCCCUCCAUGGUGGACGUCCUGUAUGCUAAAAUAUGUGUUCUGGAUGGCUCUGACAAACUGCAGCAGAUUGCAGACAGGCUGGUGGAGUGUUUUGUAGCAGCAGGACUGAUGGUGAAAGAGUGGGACAGAGUGAAACUUCACGCUACUGUCAUGAACACAUUGUUCAGGAAGGAUCCCUCAGCGGAGGAUAAAGGUGGUGCAGGAAGGCCCAGUAUGAAAGAUCGAGAAGCUUUUGAUGCCAGGAACAUUUUGGAGGUUUCUCCUUUAUAACAUCAGAAGGCUCCAGCCUUUUCUAUCCACGGAGGCCACACAGGUGCUUGUCCCUUGUCAUCACGAGAUUGGACUACUGCAACUCGUUCCUGGCAGGUCUGCCCCUGAGUGCCAACUGAAGUGAAGUGAAGUGACGUGACGUGUGGCCAAGUAUGGUGACCCAUACUCGGAAUUUGUGCUCUGCAUUUAACCCAUCCAAGUGCACACACACGCACACCGUGAACACACACCUUUUUUGCUUCGGCGCCCGGGGAGCAGUUGGGGGUUCAGUGCCUUGCUCAAGGGUCUCACCUCAGUCGUGGUAUUGAGGGUGGAAGAGAGCACCUACAAUCCCUACCAGACCUGAGACUCGAACCCGUGACCUUCGGGUUACAAGUCUGACUCUCUUACCAUUAGGCCACAACUGCCCCCACUAACCCUUGCAACUGAUCCAGAAUGCAACUACAUGAUGUAUUUUCAACCUUCUUACAACUCUGGAAAAGGGGGU